CCGGACACCACCGUGUCGCCCCCGCGUCCUAAACCUCUCACCUCGCCGGGGUCCGGUAGCCACGAACGAUGUUCCGCCGCGCGCUCCUCUCCUCCGUCUCCCCACUCCACGGAACGGUACGAAUCCCGAGCCCCAGCUAUUCUCCUAUCCAAGCCCUUCUCGCUCAAUGGAGCAGGUACGCCUCCGUGGUCUCAUCCUCGGCCCCGCCGCCGCCGCCGCCCCCUCCAUCUCCGCCUCAAGGUCCAUCGAGGUCGAGCGGUGGAGGUCCCACUUCCUCGUCGCUGAACCCUGCAGAGGUCGCCAAGUUCGCCUCCAUCGCCGAGACCUGGUGGGAUUCUAGUGGCCCAUUCAAACCUUUGCAUGUGAUGAAUCCAACCCGACUGUCUUUUAUCCGCUCCACUCUCUGUAGACAUUUCAGGAGGGAUCCAAAUUCAUCUAAGCCACUUGAAGGUCUCAAAGUUAUUGAUGUUGGAUGUGGAGGUGGCAUUCUGUCAGAGCCUCUUGCUCGAAUGGGUGCUACGGUUACUGCAAUUGAUGCUGUUGACAAGAAUAUAAAGAUUGCAAGUAUUCAUGCGGCAUCUGAUCCAACAACUGCUUCUAUUGAGUAUUGUUGUGCAACAGCUGAGGGACUGGUAAAAGAGAAAAGGCUGUUUGAUGCUGUAAUUUCUCUUGAGGUGAUUGAGCAUGUCGCCAAUCCUUUGGAGUUCUGUGAAUCCCUCUCGGCUUUGACAAUUCCUAAUGGUGCCACUGUGAUUUCCACAAUCAACCGAUCAAUGCGAGCAUAUGCCACUGCAAUAGUUGCUGCUGAAUAUAUCCUCAGAUGGCUUCCUAGAGGCACACAUGAGUGGUCCAAACUGGUUACCCCGGAGGAGCUUGUCCUAAUGCUGCAAAAGGCUUCCGUCUCCGUCGAAGAGAUGGCAGGGUUCGUUUACAAUCCGUUGAGCGGAGAAUGGUCCCUGUCAGAUGAUAUCAGUGUGAACUACAUUGCUUUUGGCGUCAAGAAGGGCGAGGCAUCAUUGACAAAUGACAGAGAAGCAAGUUUAUCAUAGCGAAGAAAAACACGUGACCUUGAAUUGUCGGGCAUCAUUUUCAGAGGACCAAUUCAUGUCACUGAAAUCUAUUGCUAAGUAUGCAACCAAGUAGCAGAAGAGAAUUCUCUUGCCCUUUGUUAGUCUUGGAAACUGGAGCUUGUGGAGUGAUGCUUCCUGGAAGCGCCAUUGAGAAGUCAAGUUGACAACAAGUGACUGCUAACAAGUAGAGCUAUCUGCCUUUUUUGGGUAAUGUUUCAGGCAGUUUUUCUCAAUUUUGUGGCAGUCACUGAUCUAAAUAAAAAUACUACUACACUGCUGUACGUGAAAACUGAACAGAUUUGCUGUCUGGAAAUGUAACUAUUUUUAAC